GGCCACAUCAAGAGGAACUGCUACACCAAGACCCCUACCGCGCCAAACUCACGCGCGUUCUCCGAAAGGUUCUGUCCAAUCCGAAAGACAGGCCGCCGCAGAAAAUUCUCUCUAUCGCGGACGUGUUGAUUCUCAUCCGGUACGCCAGAAAGUUUUUCCUCGAAGAGUGGGGCAGUCUGCUUGAAAUCGACCUGAACUGCGAUAAGAACACCACUGCAGGAGGUGCUGGGGCCAGCAGCUUCAGUCCUAGUAGAGGUAGGAAUCUUCAAAAUUAUAGCGACGGAGCAGGUCGUGGUAGUUCAUCGUUAACCACAAGUUCCUCGAGUCAACAUAGUCAGCACCUCCACGUCUGCGGCGAUGUCCAUGGACAGUUUGAGGAUCUUCUUCGAAUUUUUGCCUCUACUAAUGAGGAGGAGAAAGCUCAACAAGAAACAGUAGCUAUUGAUGGAUCGAGAGUAGCCGGCUACAACUACGGCGCAGCCACUUCUGGACUACUACAGCAAGGUCAAGGACAAGAACCCGGAUGGUACAACGGAUCUUCCACUACAAUCCAACCUGUCGUGCCGCUCGUAAACACCGUAAUGGACGAGAACCACUUUGGAGGAGCCCAAGCUGUGACUAACAUGCAAAAUCAACCAUCGAAAAGCGGUGGCUCUCAGUCCUCCGGAGCCGGCGGCGGAGAUGGACUGCGUCACCAGGACGACCAAGAACACGGACAACAUUUAAAGUUAAAAAACAAAAACCUCCACAAAGGGGCAAAAAAUCUGCUGCUCGAUAGUCCCCCGUCGUACAAGCAUCAUGCUGUGCCGCGGGGAGGGGGUGGUGGAGUUGGCACUACUGUCGGCGGCACUGGUGGUGGUCUUGUGGCAGCUAGUAGUAGCGCCGGACAUCAUCCACAUGAGAUUCUCCCCGCAGGACUGCAUCAACGGCAACAGGCUGGCAACAGAGUGUUUGACAGCACGUCGCCUGUGAAAAUAAGAGCCGGUCAGGAACUACAAGCAGCUGCAAAGAACUGUGGCUCUUCUUCACGUCGACGCGGGACGGAGGUUGCAGACUUUCCUCGCCCGAGAAGGAGCGCAUCCCUUGGUGGUCCACCUGCAGCUCUCGAUGGUGCAACUAGUACCCAUAAUGCCAAUGCUGCCUCCGCGGACCACGUGAUGAGGAACAAUGAUAGCAGCUUUGUUCUCCAGCGAAAUAGCGGCUUGUUCCAAUCUUUCUCCAGCGCGGGGGCGCAGCAAGAACAGCACCCGAGCAAGCUGCUCCAAGGUGAAUCUUCUGCUGGCUCCAACAGUCUUUUUGCAGCGGCGGAUUAUAGCUCGAAUUUUUCCAGUAAGCAGUCUCGUCGCUCGCUCCCUUCGUCCGGUGGGUUUCUGUUCGAAAGCUUGAAAACCGGACUGCUGCAUUUCGGGCGGACCUUAUCGCACGAAAGAAGUGAACAUUCACUGUCGUUGUAUAGGAUUUUGCAGGGUUAGUGUAGUCUCCAGUUUGAUGUUCUACAUGUUGACAUAAGAAAAUUUACUCUCCGCGCUUGUUUCUAUCUCAAGAUGAACCGGGAAAGGCCGUCGACGCUAGCAACUUUCUUACGUUCUUGCUAGUCGAAGACAAACGCUUCCGUCGAUUGCAUGAUCCGUUCCCGCAUCACAAGUUUACAGUGAGUUACUUCUUUCUUGGGAUAGACCCUGGAAGACAUGAAGGGCCACGACCAGCCGAGCAGCCCGAGCUACCAGUAUGGAUUGUAAAAAUGUCUGGGUCUGGAAACUUCUGAUGCUGGGUGGCGUAUCAUGAAUAGGCCACAAGUUCUGGCUCAGCAUUGCAAGCUUCUGAGCCUCUAGGUGUUGCCUAUUAUGCAUGACAAUCUGCGUUCCUGCAUGACAGCAAAGAGGGGCUCUUGGGUAACGUGUAUGACAGAUUUAAGAGCCAUGCCAGACAAGCAUGACAAACAUACACUCUUCCAGACCCAGACAUCUUUGCAUUUGAUAACCAGGACUUGGUGCGCAAAGGAAAGUGGGAAUCGAAAGAACAAGUGGGUGGAGCUGCACCUGCAGCUGCGCGGCACGAGGACCUCCAAAAUAAAUCUGCCCGGCUCAGCGGGGACAGCAUGGUUUCUUCGUCGAAACGGAGCAGUAAUGUGAACAUGAGUGUCGUGGAGGACAGUGAGCAACAGAUGAUCAUGCAACAGGGUACCAGCAACGGUAACAACUUCAGUGGCCACGUGCCAUGGGCAGCUGCACAACCGCGGCAUCCAAAUCUAAACGACGAGGAAUCCAACAUCCACUUCGCGAAACGACGCCGAAUCUCCGCGGACUCGUCUAGAAGUUUUGCGGAUCAACAGCGUCUGGAAGAACAUCAACCACAAGCAUUUCUACCUCAUAGUGACCACAUCCACCAGUUUUUUUCUCAAGAACCCCAAUCGAAAUUUGUCAACCAAGAAAUCUCACAGUCCUCUCGUGCGAACAGGAUGAUAGCUGCAAGAAGAGCCAGCUCUUCGGUUUAUAAUUCGGGUUCAAACGCAGCCGCUCUGAAUGUUGACCAGCAGGAAAAAAUUUCUGGAGAAAAUGAAAUCCUGCAGCCUCCGCAGAAUCUUGCUUCAUCCACUUCCUCCUACCUCUUCCUGGGCGAUUACGUGGACCGUGGCAUAUGAAUUGCAAAGGUAUCGUACUUCUCGUAUAAAUGCAUUACAAAUUCUCUUAGCAUGAGAAAUGAAAUUUGUAAUGCGGACCUACCUUAAGAAAAAGAUUUGUAAUGCAUGACUGCAAUUACUACGAGUGCGAUACCUUUGCACAGGAUACGGCAUGCGCAGCAUCGAUGUGGUCUGUCUGCUCUACGCCAUGGUGUUACUUGCCAAACACAAACAGCAUGACAAAUUACCCGGAACAAGUAGAACAGCAUCAUCGGGUCAAACCUUUCUCCUCCGGGGGAACCACGAGUGCCCGUGCAUCAACCGGGUGUACGGGUUUUACGAUGAGUGUAAAAGGUUUUCCAAGCAACACGGCGUGAAGCUCUGGAAGUGUUUUGUCGACAGUUUUAACGUGCUGCCGGUCGCCGCGGUGAUCCAUUUCAACACGUCUCCGACUUUGUCGAGUAAUGCAGCAUCUGUCAUGCAGAACAGCAUUACAACAAACCCCUCGAACAAUAAUCGCCAAGCGAAGAUCCUCUGUAUGCACGGCGGCUUGUCCCCGGAACUAGACUCGCUGGACCGCAUUCGGAUGAUCCAAAGGCCGACGGCCGUGCCGGGGGAAGGGUUGUUGUGCGAUUUGCUGUGGUCCGACCCGGUGGAAUAUCCUCUGCAAAAGUAUCGUACUCGUAUUGCAAUCAUGCAUCACAAAUCUUUUUGUUGAGGUAAAUCCGCAUUACAAAUUUCAUUUCUCAUGCUGCGGAAAUUUGUAAUGCAUUUAAGUACACGAGUGCGAUCCUUUUGCGCUGCAUAUAGAAGAGGACGAGAUGGAACCCUUGCCGAGCAGUGCGGGGUCUUCACCAAUUCUGGAGAGCUUCGACGCGGACGUUAAUAUGAUGCUGGACGAGCAAGAUGAUUUGGUUUUGGACAACAACAACUCUGUUCGUCCUGCAACACACGCAACUACAACGGAUAUUCUCCGUGCUGGAACAACUACAGCUGCAACUACAUCCUCUUCGAGUCUGAUGCACAUAGACAAUUUGGUGUCCGCCACCACGGUUAGUCAAACCUUGGUCAACGCAGCAGCAGCAGCAGCUGCACCAGUAUCAUCUACAACUUCCGGGGGCCCACCUGCAGCAUUAUGAACUGCAAAAGCAUCGUAAUCUUCGUAGAAAUGCAUUACAAAUUUUCUGAGCAUGAGAAAUAGACUUUGUGAUGCGGAUUUACCUUGAGAAGAAGAUUUGUAAUGCAUGAUUGCAAUUCCUACGAGUGCGAUAUCGAUAGUACUUUUGCAGUUCAUGAGCAUCCUUUACAAGCAAAACGACCCUGAUUUCCGCGGCCUCCCUGCCGAUUUCCCCCACGCAGAGGAAUAAAAACAACAAGCCGAAGAAGCUUUUUAGAAACCAGGUUGAAAUAAAUCAUCUCGGGCAGCAGGACCACGGAGGCUCUUUUGUAAACAAACGACUUUAUUGGGGAAAGAACGACCGCGGGAUCUCCGUUACCUUCGGCCUAUGACAGUGCACAAUCCCCCCUCCCCCUGAUUUGUCAUGCAAAAUAACCAAUCCUCGCUUUGCCGCUUUUAGCACUGUUUGCAUGACAAGUUCUCGUAGCCCAAAUGCUGGCAUAUAUAGUACUUCAUUGCAAAUUUCUCAUGCAAAACCGGCAUUCUUGCCGAUGCUAGUAUUGCCGUUCAUGCUAUACAAAUGAGGGGGAGGAAGGUUGGUGCACUGUUAUACGGCCCGAAAACGGUGCCGAAGGUGCUCCAGAACUUGAACAAAAGAGAGAACCUGAGAAUUCGCGAACGGGAUAGACAUAUGAAUUGCAAAAGUAAUCGUACUUACGUAGUAGUAUUUGCAUUACAAAUUCGCUCAGCAUUAAAAAUUGAAUUUGUAAUGCUGAUUUACGUUGAGAAGGAGAUUAAUAUUUAUAUUGCUUGACUUCCGGGUUCUGUAAUCACAUACCCCAGACGAGAGGCGACGGCGAGAGGUGACGGCGACAGGUGGCGGCGAGAGGUGAAACGACAGGCGAAACGACAGGCGAAAGGACAGGCGAAGCGACAGGCGAAAGGAGAGGCGAAGCGACAGGCGGCGACGACAGGCCAAAAGUGGCAACUUCCCAUGCGGUUUCGCACAAGCAGCAUGGACAUUCCAAGCAAAAAAAUAAAUAAAAUUGCUAUUGACUUUCGACAAAAAAAAAAUAGUUUUUUUUAUUUUUAUUCACGUGCAAAAAAUAAAAAUAAUUGCUUCACUCUUAUCCGAAAAAAUAAUUAAUUACUAAUUAUUUUUUCGGAUAAGAAGAAACUAAUUAUUUUUUGCACGUGAAGAAAAACAAAAGACCUAUUUUUUUCACAUACCCCAGACGACAGGUGACGGCGACAGGUGAGGACGAGAGGCGACGGCGACAGGCGAAAGGAGAGGCGAAACGACAGGCGAAAGGAGAGGCGAAACGACAGGCGACGGCGACAGGCCAAAAGUGGCAAUUUCUCACGCGGUUCCGCACCAGCAGCAGCAACAAAAAAACGCAACGACUCAGCUACUUCCGAGAAGAAAAAGCCAACUUUUUUAUUUUUAUUCAUGUGUAAAAAAUAGCCAGCGCAUUCAUAUCCGAAAAACCGGGACUAUUUUAUGCACGUGAAUAAAAAUCAAAAAACUGCUUUGUUGCUCGCGGAACUCAAUAGCCCUUUGCUUUUUUUUGUUGCUGCUGCUGGUGCGGAACCGCAUGAAGCGCUGCAGCUUUUGGCCUGGCGUCGUCGCCUGUCGUUUCGCCUGUCGCUCCACCUGUCGUUUCGCCUGUCGCGUCGCCUGUCGCCGCCGCCUGUCGCCUGGGGUGUCUGAUUCCAGAGCCCGGAAGGAAAGUCUGACGCACUUUGGCUCUUUGCCUUUUCUUUUCGCAAAUAAAGGAGAAGCCGAUCGCGCCCGAAAAAAAGCGCCUCGGACUGAUUUCCAGCGUUUUUAGUAGAAUGCCCGCAAAUAGCCGGGGCAGGGGUUUUCUUCUGGAAUAUCCGCGCACAUUCGGGCGGGGGUUGUGUUCUGGAAUAUUCGAAAGCACUUACCUCCAAAAGCAUGAGGCCCGCCAAGAGCCUUCAGCUGUUCGUGGAAUAUACGCGAAGAGCCGCGGCAGGGGUUUUGUUCUGGAAUAUCUGCGAGCACUCUCCCCGGCCGGGGUUUCGGACUGCCCUGGUAUAUUCGCGAGUAUUCGGGCGGGGGCUGUGUUCUGAAAUAUUCCGAAACACUUCGCAAGACCACCUAUCGGGCCCGCCAAGGGUCUUCAGGUGUCCUUUCGGGAGAAUCUUCGCGCACAACCCGGGGCGGGUUUGGUUCUGGAAUAUUCGCGAAGAGCCGGGGAGGGGGUUUUGCUCUGGAAUACUCGCAGAGGCUUCCCAAGGGGCUGUGGGCUCGCUGUCCUGAUAUACUCGCGAAUAUUCGGGCGGGGGUUGUGUUCUCGAAUAUUCGCAAUUAUUUCGCAAGAGCAUAGGGCCCACCCCGAGUCCCCGGGCGUUCGUAGAAUAGUCGCGAACAGCCGGAAGCGGAGGUCUGUUGUGGAAUAUUCGCGAAUUGCCGGGGGAAGGGUUUUGCUCUGGAUUAUUCGCGAAUACUUUCCAAGGGGCUUCGGCGAACUAACUUUGGAUAAAAUCAACCUUACCUCGAUGAACUUGAUAUUUGCUCCUCGGAGCCUUUCUCAGCAUCGCCAAAAAAAAAGAGACUCGCAAGCGACAGCAAGCAGUUAUCAAAAAAAUACUCUUUGGAGGCUAUACGACUAUUGAGAGCUCCUCGGAGACUAGAUCUUACCGAUCCAGUGACGAUUCACUAAGCAAACCGAUUUGUAAUUAAUUCUCCUCGGAGCCUAGCAGAUUAUGCUUCUUCGGAAGCUAGAAGCUAUGAUGCGCCGCGUCUAGUUAUCUCGAGUCCUCGGAUUCUAUACGGUAUCGGGCCUUCGGGCAUCAGUCGGCCAGUUAAGACUGGACGAUCCCCUCCAAGGGGCUUCGGGCUGCCCUGGUAUAGUCAAAAAUAUCUGGGCGGGGGUUGUGUUCUGGAAUAUUCGGAAAUAUUUCGCAGGAGCAGGAGGCCCGCCAGGGGUCUGCAGGGGUAUGCUCCUAGAAAGAAUAUUCGCGAAGAGGCGGGCCAAGGGUAGUUUCGCUUCCUCUGGAAUAUUCGCGAAGAGCCGGGGAGGGGGUUUUGUUGGUUCUGGAAUAUUCGAGAGCAAGUCCCAAGGGGCUUCGGAUUGCCCUGAAAUAUUCGCGGACAUUCGGGCGGGGGUUCUUGUGUUCUGGAAUGUUCGGGAAUAUUUCGCAAGAAUAUUGGGCCCGCCAGGAGUCUCCCGGUUUUCCUGGUUGGAAUAUUCGCGAAUAGUCGGGGGGGGGUUUGGUUCUGGAAGAUUCGCGAAGAGUCGGGGAAGGGGUCGUGCUCUGGAAUGCUCGCGAAUAUUUCCCGGGGGGCUCCGGACCGCCGUGAUAAAUAUGUAUCCGAAUAUUCGGGCGGGGGUUGUGUUCUGGAAUAUCCGGAAACAUUUCGCAAGAGUGUAGGGCCCGCCCCGGGUCUUCGGGUGCUCGGGGAAUAUUCGCCAACAGCCGGGGAAGGUGUUGCGUCCGUGGUGGAAUAUUCGCGAACAGCCUCAGUAGGGGUCUGGACUGUCCUGGAAUAUGCGCGAAUAUUCUCCGAAGGGCUUCGGAUUGCCCUGAUAUACUCGCGAAUAUUCGGGCGGGGGUUGUGUUCUGGAAUAUUUGAAAACUUUGCGCAAGAGUAUGGGGCCCGCCCCGAGUCUUGAAGGGAGAGGCCUUCUGCUGGGACGAAUACGCGCGAAAAUUUCUCGAGGGGUUGCAGCCCGCUCCGCGUGCGAAGCCCCGGGGCGCCAUUUUGGCCGUCAGUAAUGCGAAGGCGGGGAAUCUUGGAAAAGCGUGCAACUUUUUCAAGUUUGCCGAGCUUAUCCGAAAAUCCAAGGGCGCAAAGCAAUCCAGUUGGCCAGCCUUGCCCCGCUCUGUUCCGUCCCUGGGGUGCCGGGUAUCGCGCGAAGCCCCGAGGCCACAUUUUGGCCGGCCGCAGGUAUUUCCAAGACUGGCAGCCUUCAGAAAAUUUCUCAAGUUUGGCCAGCUUUUCCGAAAAGUAAGCCAGGCCACAGACAAAGCGGCCCAGUUGGCCAGCCUUGGCCCGCUCUGCUCCCUGCUUCUCCGGCUCUCGCGCGAAGCCCCGAGGCCACAGACUGGCCGCAGGUAAUGCGAAGGGAGGCCGGCGGGGAAUCUUGGAAAAGUUCGAAAGCUUUCAAGUUUGGCAAGCUUCUCCGAAAAUCCAAGGCCAUGAAGCAGCCCAGCUGCCUGGGCAGCCUUGCCCCGCUCUGUUCUUUGCUUCUUCGGCUAUCGCACGAAGCCCCGAGGCAAAGCAAUGGCCGUAGGUAAAGCGAACGCGGGAAAUUUUGAAAAGCCCGAAAAGACAAGCCCUCAAGCUUGGCCGGCUUCUCCGAAAACCAAGGCAGGGCCGCAAAGCAGUCCAGCCGGCCAGCCUUUCCCCGCGCGCCCUGCUCCGUGCCCCUCCGGCUAUCGUGCGAAGCCAGGGGGGCCAUGCGUUGGCUGCUGGUGAUGCGAAUGCGGAAAACCUCGGAAAGACUUGGCAAAAUUUCGCAAGUUUGGCUAGCUUUUCCGUAAACCCAACCAAGGCCGCAAAGCCGACCAGCUGGGCAGCCUUGCCCCGCUCUGUUCCCUUCCUUGCCUCUCCGGCUAUCGCACGAAGCCCCGAGGCCGCCCACAGUUUGGCCGGCCGCUCGUAAUGCGAAGGCGGGGAACCUUGGAAAAACUUGAAAAAAUUUCCAAAUUUUGCCAGCUUCUCCGAAGAGCCAAGGCCGCAAAGCAGCCCAGCAGGCCAGCCUUGCCCUGCCCGUCUGUUCCUUGCUUCUCCGGCUAUCGCGCGAAGCCCCGACGCCGCAAAGCGGCCGAAGGUAAUGCGCGGGCGGGAAACCUUGAAAGAACUCGAGAAACAAAAGCGCGCAAGCUUGGCCCGCUUUUCCGAAAACCCAAGGCCAAAAAGCAGGCCGGGGCCGGCCUUUCCAUCCUUUCUUUGCUCCCUCGCCCCUUGCUUCUCCGGCUACCACGCAAAGCCCCGCCCGACGCCACAGAUUGGCUGAAGGUAAUGCGAAGGCGGAAGGCCUUGGAAGGGUUUGAGGAAAUUCCCCAAGUUUGGCCAGUUUUUCCGAAAACGCAAGGCCGCAAAGCGGUCCAGCUUGCCAGCGUUGCCCCGCCCUGUUCCUUCCUUCUCCGGCUAUCGCGCGAAGCCCCGAGGCGGUGGGCUUAGGUAAUGCCGAAAACUAACCAAAGGCAACACGCAAACAAAGCAGUCCAGCUGGCCAGCCCUGCCCCGCCCUGCUCCCCGCUUCUCCGGCUAUCGCGUGAAGCCCCGAGGCCACAAAUUUUUGGCCGCAGGUGAUGCGACGGCGGGGCUCCUUGACACUUUGGCCAGCUCUUCCGCAAACCCAAGGCCGCAAAGCAGUCAAGCUCGCUGGCCAGCCUUGCCGCGCUCUGUUCCUUGCUUCCCCGGCUAUCGCGCGAAGCCCCGAGGCCACGGACUGGCCGUAGGUAAUGCGAGGCGGGGCAUAUUGAAAAAGCACGGAGGCAGCAGAGCAGUCCAGCGCGCUGGCCAGCCUUGCCCCGCUCUGUUCCUUGCUUCGCCACUUAUCGCGCGAGGCCCCGGGGCCACAAAUUGGCCGAAGGGUUGGGAGGGAAUGCGAACGGGCGCGGGGAAUUUGGAAAAAUGCUUGGAGUUUGGCAAGCUUUUCCGAAAAGCCAAGGCCGCAAAGCAUCCCAGGCUGGCCAGUCUUGCCCCGCCCUGUUCCUUGCUUCUCCGGCUAUCGCGCGCGCGAAGCUUCGGGGCCACAGACUGGCCGGAGAUAAUGCGAAAGCGGGGCGGCUUGAAAAAGUAAAAGCCCGAAAGCCGCGGGAGCGCUCUCGAGUUUGGCCAAAACCGCAACCAAAGCAGUCCAGCUGGCCAGCCUUGCCCCGCUCCUUUCCUUGCCCCUCCGGCUAUCGCGCGAAGCCGCGAGGCCACAGAUUGGCCGCUCCCAGGUAAUGCGAAGCCGGGGAAGUUUGGAAAACCUUGAGAAAAUUUUUCCAGUUUGGCCCGCUUUCCCGAAAACGCAAGGCCGCAAAGCAGUCCAGCCGGCCAGCCUUGCCCCGCUCUGUUCCUUGCGUCUCCGGCUAUCGCGCGAAGCCCCGAAGCCAGAAGUUGGCCGCAGGUAAUGCGAACAAGGUGGGGAAUCUGGGAAAAAGUUGCGAAAAGUUUUCAAGUUUGGCCCGCUUUUCCGAAGGCCCAAGGCCACAAAACAGCCCAACGAGCUGGCCCGCCUUGCCCCGGUCUGUUCCUUGCCUCCCCGACCAUCGCGCGAAGCUCCGAGGCCAACAACAAACCGGCCGUAGGCGAUGUGAAGGCGGGAAACCUUGAAACAGCUCGGGGAGAUUUGCCAAGUUAGGCCAGCCCCCCCGAAAGCCCAAGGCCGCAAAGCAGUCCAGCUGGCCGGCCUUCGCCCGCUCUGUUUCUUGCCUCUCCGGCUAUCGCGCGAAGCGGCCCCGCGGCCCGCCAGAGAUUGGCCGUCGGUAAUGUAAAGGCGGGGAACUUUGGAAAACCUCGGCAGAACUUUUCGACUUUGGCCAGCUGCUCCGAAAACCCAAGGCCGCAAAGCCGUCCCGCUUGCCAGCCUUCCCCCGCUCUGUCUGCUCCUUGCUUCUGCGGCUAUGUACCGCGCGAAGCCCCGAGGCGAGGCCACAGAUUGGCCGCAGGUAAUGCGAAGGCGGGGACCCUUUGAAAAGGCUUGAAAAGAUUUCGCAAGUUUGGCUAGCUUUUCCGAAAACCCCCCGACACCGCAAAGCAGUCCAGCUGGCCGGCCUGCCUCGCUCUGUUCCUCGCUUCUCCGGCUAUCGGACGAAGCCCCGAGGCCGCAGGUGGUGCGAAGGCCGGGGACCUUGCAGACAGUUGAGAAAAGUUCUCAAGUUAGGCUAGCGCUUCCGAAAACCUACCCCCCAAGGCCGCAAAGCAGUCCAGCUGGCCAGCCUUGCCCCGCUCUGUUCCUUGCUUCUCCAGCUAUCGCGCGAAGCCCCGAGGCCGCAGAUUGGCCGGGGGUAAUGCGAGGCGGAACACCUCGGGAAACUUGAAAAGAGCCCCCAAGCCGGGCCAUCUUUUCCGAAAACCCAAGCGAGGCCGCACGCAGCGCAGCCCAGCUGGCCAGCCUUGCCCCGCUCGUAUCUUUCCCCUGCUUCUCCGGCUAUCGCGCGAAGUCCUGGGGCCACGGAUUGGCCGCAGGGAGUGCGACGGCGGGGAAUUUUGAAAAAACCUGACAAAGCGGCCAAAGCUUCCAAGUUUGGCCAGCUGUCCCGGAAGUCUGUCCGAGGCCGCAUAGCCUUCCGGCUGGCCAGCCUUGCCCCGCUCUGUUCCCUGCUUAUCCUGCUAUCGCGCGAAGCCCCGAGGCCACGCGUUGGCCGCAGGUCAUGCGAAAAACUCGAAAAAAAAAACUUGCAAGCUCGGCAGGCUUUUCCGAAAACCGACCCGAGGCCGCAAUCAAAAAAGACCAGCUGGCCAGCCUUGCUCCGCUCUGUCUGUUCCUUGCUGCUCCGGCUAUCGCGCGAAGCCCCGGGGCCGCCCUCACAUUGCCCGGAGGUAAUGCGAGGGCGGGCGAUCUUGAAAAAACUUGGCAAAUAAAGCUUGGAAGCCUGGCAAGCUUCUCCGAAAACCCAAGGCCGCAAAGCGAUCCGGCAGGCCAACCUUGCCCCGCUCCUUUCCAUCCAUCCUAGCUUCCCCAGCUAUCGCGCGACGCCGCGGGGCCAAAGGGUGGCCGUAGGCAAUGCGAAGGCGGGCGGGAGAUCGUGAAAAAACUUCAAAAAAUUUUUGCAAGUUUGGCAAGCUUUUCCGAAGCCCCCAGGCCUCAGUCAAAGCCGUCCAGCCGGCCCCGGCCUGCCUUGCCCCGCUCUGUGCCGUGCUUCUCCGGCUAUUGCGCGAAGCCCCGCGGCCACACUUUGGCCGUAGGUAGUGCGAAGCUGGGCGGGGGAAGGGGAGUGCGAAAAAACUUGAAAAAUUGUUUCAAGUCCGGCCCGCUUUUCCGAAAACGCAAGGCCAACUGGCCGGCCUUGCAUGCCCCCCUCCGACAGCUCCUUGCUUCCCCCGCUAUCGCGCGAAGCCGCGGGGCCGCCUCUAUCUUGCAUCGGCCUCGGUAGUUUUUCCCGGUUCGCUUGGCCAGCGUUUCCGAAAACGCAAGGCCGCGCGCAAAGCAGUCCCGCCGGCAAGCCUUGCCCCGCUUUGCUUCAUUUUUGCUCCCUGAGCUACCUAGCGCGCGAAGCCCCAGCGCCACACUUUGGCUGCAGGCGGUGCGACCCUGGGAGGUCUUGCAAAAGCUCCGAAGUCUCGCCGCCUUUUCCGAAAACUCAGCCAAGCCCGCAAAGCAGCCCAGCGAGCCAGCCAUCCCUUGCUCCGUUCUGUUGGCUCCCUGCUUCUCGGGCUAUCGCGGAACGCCCCGGGGCCAAAUUUUGGCGGUAGGCAGUGCGAAGUCGGGAAGGGGGGUCUCGGGAAAACGCAGAAAGCUCUGGGGAGCUUGGCAAGCUUUUCCGGGAAUGUAAGGCCGCAAAGCGGUCCAGCGAGCUGGCCAGCCUUGCCCCGCUCUGUUCCUUGCUUCUCCGGCGCUCGUGCGAAACCCCGAGGCCCGCCACAUUUUGGCCGUAGGUGAUACGAACGCGGGCGGGGGACCUUGAGGAAAGUGGCAAAGCCUUUUCAAGUGUGGCCAGCUUUUCCGAAAACCGACGCAAGGCCGCAAAGGAAGCAACACAGCUGGCCAACCUUGCCCCGCUCCCUCCCUCUGUUCUUCUCUUCUCCGGCUAUCGCGCGAAGCCCCGGGGCCACAUUUUGGCCGUGGGUAGUCGCGGGGCGGGAAGUCUUGAAAAAGCUUGAAGGCUUCAAGCUGAGCCACCUUAUCCGAAAACCCAAGGCCACAAAGCCAUCCAGCUCGCCAGCCUUGCUCCGCUAUGUCCGCUCUCUGUUUCUCCGGCUACCGCGCGAGGCCUCAUUUUGCCCGUAGGCAGUGCGAAGGCUGGGAAGCUUGAAGAAGCUUGAAAAAAUUGGCCGGCUUUUCCGAAAACUCGAAGCCGCAAAGGGGUGCGCUGGCCAGCCUUACCCGCUCUGCUCAAUGCUUCUCCGCCUACCGCGCGAAGCCCCCCCCCCUGGGCCGGCCGCAUUUUGGGCGUAGCUAAUACGAGGGCAAGGGAUCUCGAAAAAAGUCUGCGGAGCUUUUUCGUGGGCCGCUUUUCCGAAAACCGGAGGCCGCAAUCGCAGCUAGCAGUCUGUCCAGCUGGUCAGCUCUGGCCCGCUCCGUUCCGUGCUUCUCCGGCGAUCGCGCGAAGCCCCGCGGCCGCGUUUUUUUUUUGGCCGCGCGCCCGUAGGUAAUGCGGCGGCGGGGAAUCUUGGAAAGCUUGGAAACUUUUUCCAGUUUGGGCCCCUCUGCCGAAAACCCAAGGCCGCAAGCAAAGCAGUGCAGCGGGCCAACCUUGCCCCGCUCUGUUCCUUGCCUCCCCGACUAUCGCCCUGGCCUCGUGCCUCGGCCCUUGCUCUCAUGCGAGAGAGCGGCGCCCAGCGUCCAGAUUUGUUCGGCGAACUUCGCAGCGCUCGGCCUACGCCUCUGGGGCGGUGGCAUUUCUGAACGGGGCGCACCACAGUCCAACGCCGUCGCCUGUCUGUCGCCGUCGCCUGAAGCCGAAACCCCAGGCCGAACCCCCAGGCCGAAUCCUCAAGCCGAAACCGAAGCCAAGGGCCCGCGUGGGGACCCUGUCCCCACGCUCGGACCUUGUUUGUCAUGCACAAUUCCGAUUAGUACAACGAGUACGAUACUUUUGCACAGGAUAAGACAGGCGAAUUCCCAAUCGAACUCUUCCUCGGACAUCGAGUUAGUUCUCCGUGCGCAUAUGCAAUGCAAAUAUGUCUGGGUCUGGAAACGUGUCGUGAUGCUAGUUUGUGAAUGGUGGGCGCACUGCGUUAUGCAGCCACGCAUGACAUCAAGUUUCUGAGGUCCUUAUGUGUUUCGCUUCCCGCAUGACAAACUGCAUUUUGCAUAACAGGUAACAAGAAGCUGCCUUCCUGCUCAUGCAUUACAGAUUUAACAGUCAUGUGAGACAAGCAUGACAAGCCUGCAUUCUUCCAGACCCAGACAUAUUUGCAGUUCAUAGCGCACCAGGUAGUGCAAGACGGGUACGAGUUUUUCGCAGACAAGAAGGUGGUCACGCUGUUCUUAUCAAAUAUAAAAAUGUCUGGGUCUGGAAGCUUGCCAGGUUUGUCAUGCAUAUUUUGGAAGACUCAUCAUGUCAGUGAUGCAUGCUCUAACAUGGCAGAUUUUUAGAGGCCUUUGUGAUGCCUCUACCGCAUGAGAAAUGCCCUCUCCGGGUAGCACAAACCGGAGUUCUGUUGCCGGUCAUACAAUGCAAAUUUAUGUAGAAUCCAGAGACAGCAUCACAAGUUUAGAAUCUUCCAGACCCAGACAUUUUUGCAUUUGAUAGUUCUCCGCACCAAACUAUUGCGGGGAAUUCGACAACUCGGCGGCGAUUUUGACGUUAAAACCGGUCGUGAAAUCGAAACCGUUAUGAACUGCAAAAGUAUCGUACUCGUUGUACGAAUAGCAUUUAUGCAUUACAAAUUUCUUUUUCAAGGUAAAUCAGCAUGAAAAAUUCCAUUUGUCAUGCUGAGCUAAUUUGUAUUGCAAUACUACGAGUACGAGUACGAUACUUUUGCAGUUCAUAACCGUUGUUGGAUGAAUACGAAAUCCGCUGCAGGUUCCACGUCAUGCAGGCGGCGGGGUGAGGAUUUGAUUUCGAAUUGGAUCUUCAAGACAGUACUAGGUGCAGGCGGUCUUGUGCUGCUGGGCAGCGACCGUUGGCGUUAGAAGAGCGUACUUACAAACUGGUGCACAAAAAGCGAAAUUAAUUACUACAUUCAGGGCACACGCGCAUCUUCACAGACUGACAACGUAUUUACUGUGCUCGAAGAUGUUAUCAGAGCAACUACUUGGUCGUCGUGAUGUGUGUAAAUUUUUUGAAAGAUCAUGUUGACGCGUUGGCAUUGUACAGUACUACCACAAAGUUCUUGAAGAAUUAUGGAAGUUAGCACAGGAGUUGUAGUUGUUGAUAAUAUCCCGCCUCGCCAACAUCAACAUGCUAAAUUUACAGAAGAGAACACGCACUCUACUCACGGUUUCCUAUAAAAGUUGUACGAAAUUAUAAAGAAGCUACGCUGUACGUUUCAACAAUUAUUUAUUAAGCGAGGACAGGUGGACCAUUUCCGGACGCCGGGGAAGGCGCGUGGAAAAGCUCAUUACAACCUCCCGCGGUCGACGGUCUUCGCAGAAAAAAAAAGUUGUGGUGCUGAUGUUCGUCCAGCGCGGAUAGGGAUCAACUUCUAUCUCGGGAUCAAAUCAUGCUCACGUGUACUAAAAACGAUGAAGAAAUCUCAUGGUAUUCCUAU